GCAGGAGCCUGGCUGAGCCGCCGCGCCAGCUCGGGGUUGGCUGCUGAUCGCGUCAGAGUCGGGGCGAGAGUCAGGUUGGGCUGGCAGGAGCUGUCGCUCCCUCGGUGAGCCGGUGCACAAUGGCUGACAAUAAAGCAAAGCCGACCAAACCUGCAAAUAAGACUCCUCCAAGGUCUCCUUCAGAUCCAACUAAGGACCGAGCUGCAAAACGAUUAUCCUGUGAUUCAAAUAGCUCCCAUGAGGGAGCUGUGGCAGGAGAAAUAAGUGCUCUGGAAGAGGCCUUUAGAAAAUUUGCUAUCCAUGGUGAUACAAGAGCCACAGGAAAAGAAAUGCAUGGGAAGAACUGGUCUAAGCUGUGUAAGGACUGUCAGGUGAUAGAUGGGAAGAAUGUGACAAUCACAGAUGUUGACAUUGUCUUCAGUAAAAUCAAGGGAAAGUCUUCUAGAACUAUUAGUUUUGAACAAUUUAAAGAAGCUCUUCAGGAACUCUCCAAGAAGCGAUUUAAAGAAAAAAGUGAUGAGGAAGCAAUUCAAGAAAUAUAUAAACUAAUUGAAGGAAAAGCACCAAUUAUAUCUGGAGUAACGAAAGCGAUUUCUUCUCCAACUGUGUCACGCCUUACAGAUACAUCAAAAUUCACGGGUUCUCACAAAGAGAGGUUUGAUCCCAGUGGGAAAGGAAAAGGCAAAGCUGGCCGAGAAGAUCUGGUUGAUACUUCAGGAUAUGUAUCUGGCUAUAAGCAUGCAGGCACAUAUGAUCAUAAAGUACAAGGAAGCAAGUCACAAUCUGUAUUUGGCCUAUAUACAGAAAGCGCACUGGUUUUCAGUCCCUAACUGUUCAUGUUUUGUUUUUUUGACAUUUGGCCUUUCUUGUAAUUCAGCCUCCAAUGACCCUUUGAACCCAUGCAUCAGCCUGAACGCAAACAGCAAUGUGCAAAUACAAGGACUUCCUCAUGAACUUGAAGAUUUUUUGUUUGUUUAUAAUUUGUUUUGUUUUUUGUUUUGAGGAGGGAAGGAAGUUUGCCGAAGACUCAGCACAUGCUAUUGUAAGGAUUUGAAUAUCUUUUUCCCAUGAUUGACUCUGCUUAUCUGGGAAGAUUUUUGACAUAUCUAAGGAUGCUCAGGAUGAGAAGCUUUUUGAAGUCUUGACUAACUUAGUGCUCUUGAAGAAAAGUUUCAGUGGAGUGAAGGAGCACACGCUCCUUUGUUGCACUGCUUACCUGUCACACUCCGAAAAAGAAAAUAACACAUUGUUAUACAAGCAACGAUUAAAUUUUUCCAGCAUGGCAGUAGACUGGCUAACUGCAGAGAACCCUCUUUGUGAUACAGCAUUCAUGCCUGUGCACCUCAGGAACACCCUGGGAUAGGCCUGUAGAUUUUUUGUAAGUAAAGAGGCUAAGUCUGUAACUCUUGACAAAUCCUCAGCUAAGUUACAGGCACGAUCAAUGCCCCUGUUCUUCCUGUUGAUUCGGAGACUUAACUUAUUGGUAGCUGAAAAGAUCUGGACCCUGCUUGAAUCAAAGGUGAGGUCUGGUCUAUUGCAGAGCUCUUCCAACACGUUUUUGAUCUUGCUGUUUGUUGCUAGCUAGCUGUCAUGACAGGAAUAGUAGGUGAUACCUAACCUAAGGUGCACAAGUGAUAGGCUUUCUGAAGUACACAAAUGCAGAUACCAAAAUGUUACUGCAGAAGGAGGAAUGACAGGUUAGAAAAGUUUUACAGACUUGCUAGGUUUUAAAUUGCUAGUCCAUGGCAUGAGCAAAAUAGGCACACUCGUAAGAUGUAGAAGGCAUGCAAAAGAAUUGGGAGUGGGGACAGAUACAAGCUGGCACUUGAAAUGGAACAAAACUGCAUACUUGGAAGAGGCUGAUGGAACUAGCCAGAAGUCUGCUAGAGCUUAACUUUAUAUUACAGUAUGAAAUUCCUGCAAGAACAAAACACUUUGGAUGGACCUGAUGCAAAUUUGUGCAAUAUAUACAGUGAUAUAUUAAGUUUUGGAUCAGGACCUGAAAAGGUGCUUCAGAUAGCAUAUGGUAUUCUAUUUUGAAGGACACACUUUUUCUUCUUCACUGCAGAUGGAUAGCUUUAAAUCUCUAUCAAAUCCAUGAAAAGAAAUUUGAUAUGACAGCGAAGAAAGGAAGUUGUGGCUGGAAAAGUAGUAAUCAGUAAACAUUUUCCUCUCUACACUUGAUACAGAAGACGCAGGCUAUGAAUGAAAGCAUAAAACCAUAGAAUCAUAGAUGCAUUAUAUAUAUCUGUGUAUUAGAACUUCAGCCACCCAUUUAUGCUCUUACUUUCUCACUAAUUUUGGUGGGUAGUGAAAAGCCUAAAUAAUAGUUUGAAUGUUAGCCAUGCUUGUUAAUGUUCCAGGCCUAUUUGGAAAUGAAGCCAAGUGUGUAUUUUAUUUGUUCAUUGACUCUUCCCUGCACUGUUAGGACAGCAAGCACAGCUUGUAAUUCAGAGAUUAUGGGAAAGGAGAGGUCAAGAGGUGCAGUAGAGCAUGCUCAUCAUCCUGUGCACCACUGUUCUAGACUACCUAAAUGACAUGCCUGAAGUAAGGACGUGUACUUAAUAAGGUUUGCACUCAUCUCCUUUUUUUGGUCAUCUAAAUUCAUUCCUUCAGACUUUCCAGUCUGAUUUUCAGCAGCCCAUCUGCAGUGCUCUUCUACGUGAUAUCAUCUAUAAAACCCUACUAUUCUUAAUAAUUUUGCUUUCAGUACUGCUGAACAUUCUUUUGAGAUAAACAUGAUCAAAAAGUUCAGGCAGCUUUUCGUGAUAACUGUAUUUAAGAACAAACUCAAAUUAUACCGUUUCUUUAAAAUUAAAGCCUUAGAUACUAUAAUAGUUCGCAAUCUUAAUAAGACUACCUAUACCAGAUUGAGAACAACAAAUUCAAAUCCUGACUGAGGCAAAAGAGUAAUAUUAUGGGAAAUCUUAAGUAAAAUGCGCAGAAGAAUUUUUUUAAUUAUUAUUAUUAGCUCUUGUUUGCUAAUUCCUCUACUCAUUCUUUGUGCUUUAGUUACUUGUUGAGAGUUUUCCAACAGUCAUACCUGUAUGGAAAAUCAGAAACAAGAAUUACUGUCCUUCAUAUGUCUAUCAAAGCUAUCACAGUAUUAUUACUGAAAGGCAGACAUUGAGUUAUAUGUUGUUUCAACAGUCCAGUGUGAACAUUUCUGAUUAAUUGUAACAAAGUACUUGGAAGACCAAAGGAAAUGCGGAACAUUGGCCACUUUCUUACUUUAGGAAAGUGAAAGGGUAAUUUCCAAACUACUGAUGUGUCACACCUUGUUCUUCAUUAACAUAGAGGUUAUCCUUCAAAGAUAUUUUUGAUUAAAGUAUGAUAUUUUUAAUGUAUUUUACUGAUAUUACCUCAAUCAAAAUUUCCUCUGAUAACUUUUUGGAAUCAUGAAGUUCAUGUAUUAUUUAUUUCAGUCAUGUUUUCCCUCUGUUGGCUCAAUUAAUACCAUUUUUAUAGCAGAUGGAAUUCAUUGAUAAUCCAGAACUAGAGUAUAUGACUAGUUAAGAGUUUGGCUUGCAAGUGAGAGGUAUCAAGAGAGUCCUUGUGUAUCCUUCUCCAAACCUUCAAAGUUGUAGUUAAGAAAGUUUUUUUUCUUAAGCCUUGUCAUAGUUACAAAAUAAACUUCAAUUAUUUGUGUCUGCAUGUGUGAUAAGUAUCAGCUGUUUGGAAUAUAAACUAGCUUUACAGAAAUUGCAUGUAUUCUGGGGGCAUGCGCCUGUCAUCUGUGAGUAAGAAUUCUCUGUUAGCACUGGCCAAGAAACAAACCAUUUACUCUCAUGAUAGAUAAAAUGUAAUGUGUUGCACCUAGUACAUAUCCUUUAAACUGACUGUUAGCCUUGUGUGUGCACUUAAAUAACUACAGCUUUGUGUACAUUGUUUGUAGUGUGGAUAUUACGUUCUUUCUUUGUCUGUUAGUUGAUGGUAGGUAAUGUAAUACAUGAGACUUGUACAAGUUUGUGUGCACACAUACUUUCUAGAUUCAGAUAAAUAAUUAAACUGUGUAGGCACUGUCCUAAACCUUAAAUCUUAAAGGGCCAAGCUCUAAUCCUGCAACUGGAGCUAUUCAGGGCCAGUUGGAAAUGCUACCAUUCUAUCUCCAUAGCAUGAAAGGAGGGAUCUAGGAGUGUUUUUAUGUUUUAACACGUACAACUACUCCCUUUCUAUUUCUGGAGGAAAGUGUUCUUCAGUAAAUCUGACAUAGACUUGUUGUGACAAGAAGAGUUCUUCCCUUGUUAGGAAGUAGGAAAGAGCCAGGGAUAAAUCAGUAGCUCCUCUGAGUGCUCCGAGGAGAUCACUUAAAAUUAUGCCCUCUGUAUUUUUCUUUAACCCAACUUUGAGAAGUAAGUUGACACUCAUUAUGUAUGUGCAAAGUUUUUUGUCGUCAGUUGAAUAAGUACAUCGUGGUGUACUGGAGCAGGAGAUGGACUCUGACUUACAGUGUUUGUAGACUCGAGCCUUGCGUAAACCUUUAGAAAAUGAAGUACCUGAAACAUGGCAGAUUUCAAACUUGUGUGAAAUUCUUAGUCAGGAGUGGUACAUGAUUCAUGGGUGUGUACCUCCUAUAUUUGGAGUUUUGCCCAUAAAAUAGCAUUUGGACAUUGAGAGUCUAAUUUUGUGCACCCAAGUGCCCAUUUGGCUAACUAGAUAUAAGCUGGAAAUGAUAGACUGAGCUGUUCCUUUUAAGUCUUCAGAGUCCUAAACCUAGUGCCAGACCAUUCAUUGCAUUCAUGCUUGCUUGUUUAACUCAAAAAUAAUGUUUCAAAAGAUUUCUCAGCUACGAUGCUUCAGGAGGCUAACGAAUAUUGCAGGUAGAUCCUCCAGAUCUUUACUGUCUAAUCAAUUUAUAUUUUCAGGAACAAAUAACUGUUAUGUACUUGGGGGUUUAUUUUUUGUGUGUGUGUGUGUUUUAGUAUAUCACCUGAGCUGUAUUUCUUCAAAAUCCACAUAGAAAUGAUGGGAUUCAAAACAAGUUUAAGAUGUAACUGUUUAUAGUUCUUGGAAAAUGUUUCAAUUUAGUUGUUUCAUUCCAAAUAAUUGAUUGCCCACUGUAGGCAGAUUUUGGCAAGAGCAAACUUGAUAAUAAAUAAAUAAUAAUUAAAAAAAAAAACAACACAACAAGCAUAUUUACUGAGUAUUUUUGACAGAUUUACAAAUAACGUACUGGUAGUCCAAAAUUAUUUAGAAGUAACAAUAAUCUUGCUUUGUAGUCAUACUCACACACGUGUAUUUGCAUUAUUUUGGGACGGAUGAGUGUCUAGAGUACAGAGGAGGCUUUUUGGCUUGUUGGUUUUGGAUUAUUAUUAUUAUUAUUUUUAAUAUAUCUACAAAUUGACACUGGAGAGCCCAACUUGCUAACGUGACCUGGAAAGAUAAUAAGUACCUUCCACAUUCCAUUGUGGGUAAAGCAUCCAAUGACUUAGUUUUCAAAAAUAUUUUUAAAGCAUCUCUUUUUAUGAGUUAGUGUACAGCAUAUGGUGCUUGCAAAAAGCAUUUGUAAAGCUCUGAGGUAAUUCAUGUAAUGGCAACUUCAACUUGACUUCAUUCAAGAUUUUUUAUUACACAUUGUUCAGGACAGGUCACAGACUUGAAUAAAGUUGCAUUCAAGUUAAUUUAAAAUAAAGCCCUAAAACUGUACUCACACUUCAUCCUCUUUACAUUUUACUCUGGAUGCUGUAGAUGAUAAAUGCAAAAAAAAAAAAAAAAAAGAAAAGAAAAAGAAAGGAAGAGCAGCAAUCUAUGUGGUAAUAUUCACCCACAGUGAUGAAUUACUUUAAGCUCCAGCUUAUGUUGGAUGCUUUUCUGCAUGCUUGCGUUUGAUCAAAUGUUAUUUUUAAACAAA